CACACACAGAGAGAGAGAGAGGACAGUGGAUUCCUGUUGGGAAGAAGAAGUAGAUCAUCAACCAAGCGGUUCUCUGGGGAUCUCUCUCGGUUGUUCUCAGUAGGUUAGCGGGUGUCAGGCUCAGGGAUGAAUCUACCAAGCCUCCACCAGCCUCCUCUGUGGAUUUAAAUCAGCCUGGAAUAUGAGCAGGAGAAGAAGAUAAAGCAGCAUUGGCAGCUGGCUUCCUGCAGGAUUUUUGUGUUUUUCCAUGCCUGGUCUAUGGAGCAACGCUGAGCGAAGCUAGCUGGCUGACAGUCCAGUCCAGGCUAGCGCAACAUUUCCAGGCUUUUGGAUGAUUGUUUAGCUGAAGAAGAGCUGAUUUAUAUUGGAUCAGGAGAGGAGUCAGCAUGGGGGAGCCCAGCCUGGACGACGCCAAUGUCAAGGUGGCUGUUCGUGUACGGCCCAUGAACAGGAGAGAAAGAGAACUAAACACUAAAUGCAUCGUGGAGAUGGAGAAGAACCAAACGAUCCUCCAUCCGGGCGGAGCGAACCUGGGAAAAGCAGACUCCAGGAAUCAGUCCAAGGUCUUUGCCUAUGAUUACUGUUUCUGGUCCAUGGAUGAGACGGAUAAGGAGAGAUUUGCUGGUCAGGAGGUGGUCUUCCAGUGCCUUGGGGAAAGUCUUCUCCACAACGCCUUCCAGGGCUACAACGCCUGUAUCUUUGCCUACGGACAAACUGGUUCGGGAAAGUCGUACACCAUGAUGGGUUCAGUGGACCAGCCAGGUCUGAUUCCCCGGCUGUGUAGUGCUUUGUUCGACCGAACCCAGAAGGAACAGCGGGAGGAGGAGUGCUUCACUGUGGAGGUGUCCUACAUGGAGAUCUACAACGAGAAGGUCCGAGAUCUGCUCGACCCCAAAGGGGGUCGACAAGCUCUGAGGGUGAGGGAACAUAAAGUUUUAGGUCCCUACGUGGAUGGCCUGUCUCGCCUAGCUGUGGCCUGCUACAAGGACAUUGAGGUACUGAUGUCAGAGGGGAAUAAGUCUCGGACUGUCGCUGCUACCAACAUGAACGAGGAGAGCAGCCGAUCACACGCCGUCUUCAACAUCAUCCUCACACACACACUGAAAGACGUGAAGUCUGGGACGAGCGGAGAGAAGGUGAGUCGGUUGAGUCUGGUAGACUUGGCUGGAAGUGAGCGAGCAGCAAAGACUGGAGCAGCAGGGGAGCGACUCAAGGAGGGAAGCAACAUCAACAAGUCUCUCACUACGCUGGGCCUGGUGAUCUCGGCGCUAGCUGAACAGGGAACAGCCAAGAACAAGAACAAGUUUGUUCCGUACAGAGACUCUGUUCUGACAUGGCUGCUGAAGGACUGUCUGGGUGGCAACAGUCGCACAGCGAUGGUUGCAACUGUGAGUCCAGCAGCAGACAACUACGAGGAGACGCUAUCGACGCUGCGCUACGCGGACCGAGCAAAGAGCAUCGUCAACCACGCGGUUGUCAACGAAGACCCCAAUGCUCGCAUCAUCAGGGAACUCCGAGAAGAAGUAGAGAAACUACGAGUACAGCUGACUCAGGCAGAGUCUUUGAAGGCUCCCGAGCUGAAAGACCGUCUGGAAGAGUCCGAAAAGUUGAUUCAAGAGAUGACCAUCACCUGGGAGGAGAAGCUUCGCAAAACUGAAGAGAUUGCACAGGAGCGCCAGAAGCAGUUAGAGAGUCUGGGCAUCUCUCUCCAGUCAUCAGGGAUUAAAGUUGGAGAUGAUAAGAGUUUUCUGGUCAACCUUAACGCCGAUCCGGCCCUCAAUGAACUGCUGGUGUACUAUCUGAAGGAUCACACAAAGGUGGGCUCGGCAGACUCUCAGGACAUACAGCUAUGCGGGAUGGGUAUCCAAGCAGAGCACUGUGUCAUCGACAUCACAGCGGAGGCUGGAGUCAUCCUCAGCCCCUACCGCAAUGCUCGGACGUGUGUUAAUGGUUCUCCAGUGACCAGCGCUCUGCAGCUUCACCAUGGAGACCGAAUCUUCUGGGGAAACAACCACUUCUUCAGGAUCAACCUGCCUAAGCGGCGCUCUCGGGGAGCUGAGGAUGAGGAGGGUGAGGGUGGCGUGAUGAAGAACAGUGGCAGCAGUGAGCAGCUGGAUGCAGAUGGUGACACGGCCAGCGAAGUGUCCAGUGAAGUCAGCUUCUCCUAUGAGUUCGCCCAGACAGAGGUCAUGAUGAAGGCUCUGGGCAAUAACGACCCCAUGCAAGCAGUCCUGCAAUCUCUGGAGAGGCAGCAUGAAGAGGAGAAGCAAUCUGCUCUGGAGCGACAGAGACAAAUGUACGAGCAGGAACUCCAGCAGCUCCGCAAGAAGCUGAACCCGGACCGUCUGUCCAGCGGCCCCUCUGGAGGGCCGGCGUCCGGCCAGUCAGGUCCAGGACAGCAGUCUCACUACCGCAGCCUGGAGAGACUCAGUAUGGGAGGGAUGAGUCAUUCAACCAGCGCUCAGAGCAGACUGAGGCAGUGGAAUGAGGACAGGGAGGCGGUGUUGGUAAGGAGUCUGCGGCGCUUGAGGGAGCAGAUAGUGAGGGCAAACCUCCUGGUGCAAGAAGCCUGUUUCAUCUCUGAGGAGCUGGAGCGACACACAGAGUACAGAGUCACUCUGCAGAUCCCAUCAGACAACCUCAACGCAAACCGCAAGAGGGAUGCAGUGCUCAGUGAACCAGCAAUUCAGAUUCGACGUCGGUGUCGAGGGAAGCAGAUCUGGAGUCUAGAGAAGAUGGAGAACCGUCUAGUUGACAUGAGAGAGCUGUACCAAGAGUGGCAGGACUACCAUGUCCAUCACCAAGACAACCCUGUGAUGCGCUCAUAUUUCCGUCGAGCAGACCCGUUCUUUGACGAGCAGGAAAACCACAGUCUGAUCGGCGUUGCAAACGUCUUCCUUUCCUGCCUCUUCUACGAUGUCAAAAUGCAGUACGCCAUUCCCAUCAUCAACCAGAAGGGGGAGGUUGCAGGGCGUCUUCAUGUGGAGGUGGUGAGGGUUGGAGGGGGAUUAGAGGACAACAUGGCUGGAGGAGACGAACCCGACAACAACCAAGACUCUGAAAUCCAGGAUCGCAAACUGGUCUGCAUGAUUAAGAUCCUGCAGGCCACUGGUCUUCCCCAGUACCUGUCCAACUUCGUCUUCUGUCAGUAUUCAUUCUGGGACCAGCCUGAGCCCAUCAUCGUGGCUCCUGAAGUAGACCCAUCAUCCUCGUCGCCCAGCACCAAGGACCCACACUGCAUGGUGGUGUUUGACAGCUGCAAGGAGGUGGCAGUGUCAGUAACAGAAGAUUUCAUCGAGUACCUGACUGAAGGGGCAGUUGCCAUCGAGGUGUAUGGACACAGACAGGCUGACGCAGGAAGAAACCCCGCCCUGUGGGACCUCAGCAUCAUCCAGGCCAAGACACGCACACUACGAGACAGGUGGAGUGAGGUGACACGUCGCCUGGAGCUGUGGAUCCAAAUCCUGGAGAUAAACGAGGCCGGAGACUUUGUCGCAGUGGAAGUGGUUCCUGCUAGAGAUGUGCGGACCGGGGGAAUCUUCCAGCUUCGCCAGGGUCAGUCGAGGCGAAUCCAGGUGGACGUGCGUUCAGUUCAGGACUCGGGCACCAUGCCUCUGAUAUCAGAAAUACUGCUCGCAGUGUCAGUGGGCUGUGUGGAGAUGAGAAACACCACAGCAGACCAGGAAGGAGAUGAGAUGGACAGUUAUCAGGAAGGAGAUCUGGAACGGUUGCGGCGGCAGUGGUUAGCUGCUCUCACCAAGAGACAGGAAUACCUCGACCAGCACCUGCAGAGCCUGGUCAGCAAAGCAGAAAAGACAGAGGAUGAUAUGGAGAGGGAGGCCCAGCUGCUGGAGUGGCGCUUGACUCUGACAGAGGAAAGAAACGCCGUCAUGGUGCCCUCUGCUGGCAGUGGCAUUCCUGGAGCACCAGCUGAAUGGGUUCCUCUGCCAGGCAUGGAGACUCAUAUUCCUGUCCUCUUCCUGAACCUCAAACCUGAUGACCUCAGCUCUCAAGACCAGUUUGAGGUUCCUGAGGCCGGAGGUUGGGACGCCACCCUGAGUGGAGAGGACGAGGAUGACUUUUUUGACCUACAGAUUGUCAAACACUACGAUGGAGAGGUGAAAGCAGAGGCAUCAUGGGACUCUACCGUCCACGAGUGUCCCCAGCUCAGUCGUGGGGGGGCGUGGCCGGAGCAGCGGGUGUACCUGACGAUUCGAGUGGUGGUCCAGCUCAGCCAUCCCGCCGACAUGCAGCUGGUCCUGAGGAAGAGGAUCUGCGUCAACGUUAACCCGGGCCGCCAGGGUUUUGCACACAACUUCCUCAGAAGGAUGUCCACCCGCAGCACCAUACCCGGCUGCGGGGUCACCUUUGAGGUGGUCUCCAACAUCCCCGGGGACGCCCCUGGUUCAGAGGACAGGGAGAUGCUGGCCAACCUCGCCGCCAGCGCACACAACAACCAGUCAGGUGAAGACGAGGCUGCAAUUGAGAAAUACCUCCGCAGUGUCCUCAGUCUGGAGAACAUCCUGACUCUGGAUCGACUCAGACAGGAGGUGGCAGUGAAGGAACAGCUGACUAGCAGAGGGAAGAGCAACAGACGGAGCAUCAGUUCUCCUUCUGUCCACAGGCUGUCUGGAAGUAGACAAGACCUGUCCACAACCUGCCUGGACGAUAAGGGUCGAUGGGAGAGUCAGCAGGAUAUCUUCAUGCCUUCUCAGUUUCGCACCCUCCCCCGGCCCGCCUCGUCUCCUUCCACCUACUCCACCUCCCCUUCUUCGUCUCCUACUCCCUUCGGCGUGUCACCCCAACAGAACCAGGAACCAGAGCAAGGUCGUUCAGGACUUGCUGCCUCUUAUCUUUCAGUUAAGGCGCUGGUUCCUCAGAUGCCCAAACUGCUCAAGUCUCUGUUUCCAGCGCGAGACGAAAAGAAGGAGCUGAGACCAUCGCCACACAACCAGCAGCAUGUUCCUCGCAUCAUGACAUCAGGAGGGGACGACAAUCGGGUCAAGGCUGAGACGACUGCUGUCCUACGGCCCCCAACCAAAGACAGACGGGCAGAGUUCCCAGAAGUCCCUCCUCUUCCUGUGCAUGACCCGCAUGACAUCACCCCCCUCAGCCCCCUCAGCCAGUCAUCAAGCGGCUACUUCUCCAGUAGUGUUUCUACAGUCACCCUGUCUGACGUUCUCCAACCUUCCUCCUCGUCUUCCUCCCUCCUGGCUGCCGAGACUACGUUACCCACAACCCCCCAGCAGCAGGGCGCUGACAGGAACGAUGUUGUAAAUUCUCCUUCUCAGUGUGGCACCAAGACGGCCGCCGUCGUCGCCGCUCCGCCCGCUCCCCACAGCUCGGCCAAUCACAACAACGUCACUGCAGACAACUCCUUCUCUGAACACAAGCUGGUUAACUCAGGAGGAGGAGGAGGAGGAGGAGGAGAAGGCUUUGAGAGGCUGGAGAUCUUUGUGGACGAUGAAGAGCAUAGCCAUGAUGACGUGCUGCCUGAUUGGCUGACAGAAGGCGCGUAUGUUACAGUAGGAAGCAAUAAGGCCGGGACAGUGCGUUACGUGGGAACGACGCAGUUUGCUGAGGGAGUGUGGGUCGGGGUGGAGCUGGACACCCCUGUAGGUAAAAACGACGGUUCAGUAGGAGGUCAUCGGUAUUUCCACUGUAAACCGGGUUACGGGGUGCUGGUUCGCCCAGACCGGCUGUCCUGCCGCGAUCGGACCAGCCGGCGCACGGGAGACUUCACCGCUCCCGCCCACGUCCCCGUCUUGAGAGGAGAAGCCAUCGUUGCCCGCCGGGGGGAGAACCGCAAGUCCUGGAGCAGUUGAGACAGGGAGGGUAGGAGCUGGAUGGGAGAGAUGAACUCCCCACAGCCUUCCUCCUCCUCCUCCUCUUCCUCCUCCUCUUCCUCUCCUCCCAGCUAUGCAACAGGCUCACACACAUCAGAACUGACUUACUGCCUCCCCUCCUACACUUUGAAACUACACUCACUACAUUACUACAAGUAAUGAAGUAGAAUAAAGACAAUGAAGAGACCAUUCAGGACGAAUGCAAGUAAGUUGAUGAAAGACUAUGCAGAGUAUAUAGAGGUCCGUGGAAAGGACUAUUUAUCAUGUGGGAAGAUAAUGCUAAAAUGAAUUGCGGUCAAUGGGAAGACUGCCGAGAGUGAAUGGAAGUCAGUGCAGACUUUGUCGUUAUUAGGAGUGUCGGAGCUCUGCCGGGGGGGGGGGGUGGAUCGGACGCUGCAGACUGGAUGAUUUGCCUCAGAGAUUCUUUCUGAGCUGAUAUACAGGGAUGCAAACUCGUCACAUUUUAGCCAGGAAUCACUUUUUUGAUCUUGGUUCACAUUUGAGAAUAUAUUUUAAACUUGGAGGGCAUUUUAUAUGCCAGAAAAAAUAACACUGCUAGAAUGAAAAGUCUUCGUCUUUUCCAGUUGGAUGCUGGCUGGUAAUCACAGCUACUAGAAAUUUAAGAUCAAAAGAUAGUGUAUGGCCAUUCUGAUUUAUAACCACAUUCUUCUAGCUGAAAACGCCGUUUAAAUAGAGAAUAUUGAAUUGUCCCUUAGUGUUUCUUUGGAAUUGUUAUCCUCCCUCCACGUCUUACUAUCAUAUGUGCUUCACGUUCUUUGUGAAUGAGGAAGCAGAAAUUAUCAAAUUUAGAUUUUUAGACACUUUUUUUUUGGUCUUUUUUUUUUUUUUUUAACCAUGCCAUUCCUACUUUGUGACAAUGUGUUUGCAUCCCUGGAUAUGACGUCUCUACCCGGUAGUCCUGAGACUCUAUGUCCCAGAAUCCCCUGCUCCGGCUGCCACUCCCCUGAACUUUCUACGUCUCCAGACUGACACCUCAUUAUUUGAGACUCAUCUUCCAUUUCCUGGACUCCUUUUCUUUUAAGAUAGAUCCUCCCAGAAUGUGCCUUCACCAUGGCUUGGUUUGCAUUUGUUUUUGUUUUUCGGUGUAUUUGAUUUCUGCUAGCUGUGUUUGAGUUUUAAGAGAAUGCCUUGUGCUAAGUGUGAGGUGAUCUCAGGGACUGCAGAGGGGAAAAGACGAGGAGGGGCGUGUCUGUGUAUGUAUGUGUGUGUAUGUUUGUAAAUGUUGUACAGUGUUGCCCUGCGUGCACAAAAUGAGUUCAUAUUGUCGUGUCGAUGUUGAAGAAUAUAUGUGUAAAGCAGGAAAAGUUGUGUCCCUGUUGGACAAAGCCACUAUGGGAGCAAGCUGUUUGUACUGGGAGGCUUUAAAAGUCGAUUUUUGCACUGGAGACGUUGGAUAAGAAGCAUCUGUAUGUUAGCAGAACGUGUCUGUGGUCACGGUGCAGCGAGACAGAGAGGUAGACGAGCGUAAACAGGUUAUACUAGUAAUGUGAAAGUAGUUGUUGGUGAUCUUAAAGUAGAGUAUAUUUUCCAUCUGGAUGUCUGUACUUGAAGCCAGUUUGCUGGUUGUCCUCUGUGACUGACAUUUGGACACCAGGGGGCGCUGUAGUACUCUGGUGGUGUUGGUGGGAAUAGGCAUGUGUAUGUGUUGAGGAAGAGAAAGUGAGAUGGACACGCCGAAGGAACCUCUGCUGGGUGUUUCACGCUUCAGAAGAGAAUUGAUUUGCUUCUAUGCAUUUGAUCUGUUUUUAAAGGAAUCUAGUCUUUAUUUCUAAAUGACUGACACAACUGGGAGGACGAGCUGUACGUUUUGGGAAAGUAUUGAACAAGAAAGACUGAUUGAACAUUCCUGGCACGUCUGUGGCAGACUUUGGGAUUUUUUUUUUUAUUAGCUUUUUAUUGAACAUUUCAUUCCAGAGGGACUUUAACAUUUUACACUGACCUUAUUGUUUGUGGAAAAGCAUUAGCAAUACACCACAGCACUGUUUCAUACUUUAUGUAUACAUCAAUACAUGAAGGAUGUAGACUGAAUACACAUGUGCCGCCAAUACUUUUCCAUAAGUUAAAGGGGCACUCCACUCAUUUCUUUACCCAUGAGGUUGGAGUUGGGUCGAUUUCCAGUUUUGCCGGUUCAGUCUGGUGUACGAGCUUACACCGGUUUGAUUUUAUGCCUACCGGUUGAACCGGCAUUUGUCAGUAUGACACGUUCAACAAAUUCAAAAGUAGCUGACAUCAGCAACCUUUGCCGACGGAGUCACGGUGCAAAAUCCAGCUUGUGUUGCAUAAGUAAUAAGCAAUAUGACAACGUGGUUUACAUAAUAUUAUGUUUGUUUAUAAACAGACUAACAGAGCCAUUAGUGUCUGUCAGGCCAGCGAGCCGGGGGACGGUGACAUCACACCGGCAACGUGAAGGAGAUUAAAUUUCAGUAGAGGUGGGAGGGCGAAGGGGCACACGUUGUUGGUUUACUAGAAAGUUCAUGUGUUUUUUGGGGUGACGAAUCAGGUCAACAAGAGAGAGAGAGAGCAAGCGUGCGACUGAUGAGGAGUAUGAAGAUAUCAGUACCGUUAUAGCUGUGAACAUAGCAGUGCAGUGUGUGUACAGUUUAAGCUGUCGGUGCUACAACUCCUCAAGACCCAAGCCAAGUUCCCGCAUCUUGCUUGCCACCUGCUGAUUAACGUGAAGGGGGUUAGCCCCCAAGCUAGCGACAACAGCCCAUGCUCACUUAAGGUGGGCUGUUAAGGUGGACCAUUUAUUCUCAUUUUGUGACAAGGGGCUGCUGAGUCAAGUGCGACACCAAGUGGUCAAAUUCGGUAAACCGAUC